UUCGACUCUGUGCAACACUCAAUCAUUCCCCAGGGUCCCCAGAAAGGUAUUACGGACAACAAUAAGAAAAUGCUUCCACCGGCUCUCAACAUUCCGAAAUGGCUUGAAGCCAAUUCCCAUCUUCUUCAACCCCCCGUGAACAACUACUGCGUCUACCACCCAUCCUCCCCGGCGACGGCCGGAUACACGGUGAUGGUAGUGGGCGGCCCCAACGCACGGACAGACUACCACAUCAACUCGACGCCGGAGUUCUUCUACCAGGUUCGCGGCUCGAUGCUGCUAAGGACGGUAGACACAUCGGUCACACCGGCGGUGUUCCAGGACGUGCCGAUCCACGAGGGCUCGCUGUUCCUGCUCCCGGCUAACACGCCCCACUCGCCGGUCCGGUUCAAGGAUACCGUGGGGAUCGUGUUGGAGCAGCCGCGGGCGGACGGGGCGGUGGACACGAUGCGUUGGUACUGCAAGAGCUGCGGGCAGGUUGUGUGGGAGAAGCAGUUUGUGUGCACGGACCUGGGGACGCAGGUCAAGGAGGUUGUCGAGGAGUUCGGGGCAGAUGAGGGGAAGCGGACGUGCAAGGCGUGCGGGGUUGUUGCGCAGACCAAGUACGCGGACGGGGAGCUGGAGCAGCCUCCGCAGUUUCCGGAGUGAAGAAGGUGAAGUGGACUUUCUCAUGAGGUGAUGUUGGAAAGGAAAAGAUACCCACGGUGGAGGUCACAGAAUGUAUGUAAGAACUGCGUGGAUAGUCCUCCCGGUUUUGAUUGUUACGUGAAUAGGGCAAGUUGAAGUUAUCCGAGUAAUCCG